CCAGCUCCUCCUCCUCUUUUUCCUCCUCCUCCAUCUCCUCGCUCCCUCCAUCUGCCGUGGUUAUGGCCCGACUCUGGAGCACAAAAGAGUCUCCGCGGUGGAGGUCUGCGUUGGUCUUGCUUUUCCUCGCUGGGGUGUACGGAAAUGGUGCUCUUGCAGAACAUUCUGAAAAUGUGCAUAUUUCAGGAGUGUCAACUGCCUGUGGAGAGACUCCAGAGCAAAUUCGAGCACCAAGUGGUAUAAUCACAAGCCCAGGCUGGCCUUCUGAAUAUCCUGCCAAGAUCAACUGUAGCUGGCUCAUAAGGGCAAACCCAGGGGAAAUUAUUACUAUAAGUUUUCAGGAUUUUGAUAUUCAGGGGUCCAGAAGAUGCAGUUUGGACUGGUUGACAAUAGAAACAUACAAGAAUAUCGAAAGUUACCGAGCUUGUGGUUCCACAAUUCCACCACCAUAUAUUUCUUCGCAAGACCACGUCUGGAUCAGGUUCCACUCCGAUGACAGUAUCUCUAGAAAGGGUUUCAGACUGGCAUAUUUUUCAGGGAAAUCUGAGGAACCAAACUGCGCUUGUGAUCAGUUUCGUUGUGGAAAUGGAAAGUGUAUUCCAGAAGCGUGGAAGUGCAAUAACAUGGAUGAAUGUGGAGACAGUUCCGAUGAAGAGAUCUGUGCUAAGGAAGCGAAUCCUCCGACAUCUGCCUCUUUCCAGCCCUGUGCUUACAACCAGUUCCAGUGUCUGUCCCGGUUUACCAAGGUGUACACUUGCCUCCCCGAAUCUUUAAAGUGUGACGGGAACAUUGACUGCCUUGACCUAGGAGAUGAGAUAGAUUGUGAUGUGCCAACUUGUGGGCAGUGGUUAAAAUAUUUUUAUGGUACUUUUAAUUCUCCCAAUUACCCAGACUUUUAUCCCCCUGGAAGCAAUUGCACCUGGUUAAUAGACACUGGUGACCAUCGUAAAGUCAUUUUACGCUUCACUGACUUUAAACUUGAUGGUACUGGUUAUGGUGAUUAUGUGAAAAUAUACGAUGGGUUAGAGGAGAACCCACACAAGCUCUUGCGUGUGUUAACUGCCUUUGACUCUCAUGCACCUCUUACUGUUGUGUCUUCCUCUGGACAAAUAAGGGUGCAUUUUUGUGCUGAUAAAGUGAACGCUGCCAGGGGGUUUAAUGCCACUUACCAAGUAGAUGGCUUCUGUUUGCCGUGGGAAAUACCCUGUGGAGGUAACUGGGGGUGUUACACUGAGCAGCAGCGCUGUGACGGGUACUGGCACUGCCCAAAUGGAAGGGAUGAAGUCAACUGUACCAUGUGCCAAAAGGAAGAAUUUCCAUGUUCCCGAAACGGCGUCUGUUACCCCCGUUCUGAUCGCUGCAACUACCAGAAUCAUUGCCCGAAUGGCUCGGAUGAAAAAAACUGCUUCUUUUGCCAGCCUGGAAAUUUUCAUUGUAAAAACAAUCGUUGUGUGUUUGAAAGCUGGGUGUGUGACUCCCAGGACGACUGCGGUGAUGGCAGCGAUGAGGAGAAUUGCCCUGUCAUCGUGCCUACCAGAGUCAUAACUGCAGCCGUCAUAGGGAGCCUCAUCUGUGGCCUGUUACUCGUCAUUGCGUUGGGAUGCACCUGUAAGCUUUACUCGCUGAGAAUGUUCGAACGAAGAUCAUUUGAAACACAGUUGUCAAGAGUGGAAGCAGAACUGUUAAGAAGAGAAGCCCCUCCCUCUUACGGACAAUUGAUUGCUCAGGGUUUAAUUCCACCAGUUGAAGAUUUUCCUGUUUGUUCACCUAAUCAGGCUUCUGUUCUGGAAAACCUGAGGCUAGCUGUGCGAUCUCAGCUUGGAUUUACUUCCAUCAGACUUCCUAUGUCAGGCAGAUCCAGCAGCAUUUGGAAUCGUAUUUUUAAUUUUGCAAGAUCACGUCAUUCAGGGUCAUUGGCUUUGGUCUCAGCAGAUGGUGACGAGGUUGUCCCUAGUCAGAGUACCAGCAGAGAACCGGAAAGAAAUCAUACUCACAGAAGUUUGUUUUCCGUGGAGUCAGAUGACACAGACACAGAAACUGAGAGAAGAGAUACAGCAGGAGCAUCUGGUGGGGUUGCAGCUCCUUUGCCCCAAAAAGUCCCUCCCACAACAGCAGUCGAAGCAACAGUGGGAGCAAGUGGAAGUUCCUCGACUCAGAGCACCCGAGGCGGUCACACAGAUAAUGGAAGGGAUGUGACCAGUGCGGAGCCCCCAAGUGUGAGCCCAGCCCGUCACCAGCUCACAAGUGCACUAAGUCGUAUGACUCAGGGGCUACGUUGGGUACGUUUUACAUUAGGGCGAUCAAGCUCCGUAAACCAGAACCAGAGUCCUUUGAGACAGCUUGAUAAUGGGGUCAGUGGAAGAGAAGAAGAUGAUGAUGUUGAAAUGCUAAUUCCAGUUUCGGAGGGAGCUUCAGACUUUGAUGUGAAUGACUGCUCUAGACCUCUUCUUGAUCUUGCCUCAGAUCAAGGACAAGGCUUUAGGCAACCAUAUACUGCAACAAACCCCGGAGGGAGGCCAGCCAGUCGAGAUGGCCCCUGUGAGCGCUGUGGUAUUGUCCACACUGCGCAGAUACCGGACACUUGCUUAGAAGCAACACUGAAAAAUGAAACAAGCGAUGAUGAGGCUUUGUUACUUUGUUAGGUACGAAUCACAUAAGGGAGAUUGUAUACAAGU